AUGGCUACGAACGGCACAAACGGCGCCAACGGACACGCCAACGGCACCAAUGGCACCAAGAGCAAGUUCGACCCCAACUUCACACAACAUGUCAUCGACCUCAUGAGCCCCGAGACCAAGCCCAGACACAGACAGGUCCUCGGCUCUCUCAUCAAGCACCUCCACGACUUCUGCAGAGACGUCGAGCUCACACAAGAGGAGUGGAUUCUGGGAGUCAACUACAUCAACUCCAUCGGCCAGGCCUACCAGAAGAACCGCAAUGAGGCAUGGAGAGUGUGCGAUAUUCUGGGUAUCGAGUCUCUCGUCGACGAGAUCAACCACACGGUCGAGACCGACUCGGGCGUGGCCCCCACAUCCUCCACCAUCCUCGGCCCCUUCUGGUCUCCCGAAACCCCCUUCCGCGACCUCGGCGCGUCCGUGGUCCAGGACAUGCCCAAGGACGGCCAGCUCACGUACUUCCACGGCGUCAUCAAGGACGCCGAGACGGGCAAGGGCAUCCCCGACGCCGUCUUUGACAUGUGGCAGGCCAGCACCAACGGAAAGUACGACGUCUUUGACCCGGAGAACCAGACCCGCCACAACCUGCGCGGCAAGUUCAAGACGGACGCCGACGGCAAGUUCUUCUUUUACUGCCUCAAGCCGACCGAGUACGCCAUCGACACCUCGGGCCCCUCGUCCCACCUCCUCACGCUCAUGGGCCGCCACCCGUACCGCCCCGCGCACAUCCACAUGAUGGUCACGCACCCCGACUUCAUCGGCGUCACGGCCCAGCUCUACCCCAGCGACGACCCGUACCUCGAGACCGACACCGCCUGCGCCGUCAAGGACGAUUUGCUCCUGACGUUCAAGCCCGUCCAGAACGAGCCCAAGGGCGCCGUCCUCGAUGUAGAGUACGACGUCCGUCUGGUGUCCAAGAAGUACAAGCCGGAUUCCCAGAUGCUCAUGCAGAACGCCAACCAGAACAAGUUCUGA